AUGGUUGGUUGUGGUUAUUUGUUGGAGUUUGUAAAUGUGAAGUUUUCAACAAAAUAAUGUAAUAUAAAUUUUAAGAAAGGAACAGACGCCAACUAUGUGAACCGUAUCUUCAUAUGAAACAUGACAGCACAGAGUGUGCAGGUGAAACUAGAGUUGGGUCAUCGGACAGAGCUGCGAACAAGGCCCACGAAGGAGGGCUUCACACACGACUGGACAGUGUACGUGCGUGGACCUGAGGGCAGUGACAUCAGACACUUUGUAGAGAAAGUUGUCUUCUACUUACACGAGAGCUUUAAGAAACCGAAGCGAGUUGUCAAGGAGCCACCGUACGAGGUGAAGGAGUCCGGCUACGCGGGAUUCAACCUCCCCAUCGACGUCUACUUCCGCAACAAGGAGGAGCCGAAGAAGAUCCGCUUCGACUACAACCUGUUUCUGCAGCUGGAGGGCCAGCCGCCGGUGAACCAUCUACGAUGUGAGAAGCUCACCUUCCAGAACCCCACCGACGACUUCAGACGCAAGCUGAUCCGGGCCAGUGGGGUGGAAAUGACUCAGGGAGAGACCGGGGAACCACAACCUAUCUCUAGCCCGCCGGACGACGCCAGGAAAGUGAGGCCUUCAGAAAGGUUGUGUGUUGUGCAGGAGCAGCCACCGGGUAAGGGCAUACCUUCAAAAGACAUCCGGGAGGAGGCAGAAGGAGAAGCAACCCUCCCUACAACCGUCACAAAGCGCUCCUCUUCCCCCUUUACCAGCACGAUGAUUGAUGCGUCCGCCAUGGCCGCCAAGAAGUCACGCCCAGGAGAGGUGGCCGUGAAAAAGGAGAGAAGUAGUGAAAAAGGGAAGAAAACAAAGGAGCACAAGCAUUCUAAGAAAUCAAAAGAUAGAGACCGAGAAAGAGGGAAACCGAGUUCAGAAGAGAAAAAACAUAAAUCUAAACACAAAGAGAAAGUUAAACCGGUGCAGACACCACCGGAGGAUGAGCUACCACCUGUACUGUCACCGAUGGUAGACCUGCAGCCUAUCAGUAAGGAGCCAGAACACAAAGCCGUUUCGCCCAGCACAGCCUCGAGUGCCAGUCCCUCAUCAUAUCCUCUCGGCACAUGUGGCAGCGGCGGCCCGCUCGGCUCGUUAAUAGCCGAACUCGAGGAGCAGGAAUCUGAAGAGGACAUCAUCAGCCCUCUCUCGAGUGACCACACGCCCACGCGCCCGUUCUCGACGCCGCAGCCGCAGCCGCCGCCGGCGCCCCCUACCUCACUCCCAUUGUCGACGACGCCGACUAACAUCGCCACACCGCCGCGGCACGAGAAACCUGCGGAGAAGGGCCGGAGCAACAGCGCGGAGAAGCCGGCACGGACGAAAUCGCGGUCGGAGAGUUCGGGCCGGUCGAAGUCGAAGAAGAGCUCGAAAAGCCUGAAGACGUCGUCGAGCGACGGUUUGCGCGCCGCGACGAAGCCGAAAUCGGACGCCACGAAAUCAGACGUGCCGCCGCCUCCCGCGCCGCAGCCGCCCGCGCCGCUGCCGCCGCCUGCGCCGCCGCCAGCAAAUUCCACGAAGGACUCUAAGGAGAAAACGUCUAGUCAGCCGGCGGGCGAGACGCCGGUCGAGGCGCCCGAGACGCGUCUCGGCGCGGAGCAGUGGCCCCCUGGUGGCGACGACCUCGGUGAGCUGGUGGCGCUGCAGCAGAAGCUGCGCACGCUGCGCGAUCGCAGUCGUCUGCAGCGCAUCGUCGAUGUCGUCGAGGAGACCGGGUUGUUUAGCGUGACGAGCUCGACGUUCGACUUUGACCUGUGUUCGCUCGAUCGCACGACCGUCAUCAGACUGCAGCACUGCCUGGACGCGGCGUCGUGA